GGCGCGGUGUCCGGUGAAGCGUGCCUGGGAGGAGGCGGCAGGGCCCGGCAGACAGGGCGCUAGGAUCCGGGGGUACCCGGAGCCCGACUUCCGAUGGGCGAGCUCCAGUCUCUACGUGCUGAAUCUCCACCCGAAAUUGCAACAGCGCCCAAUGACCACUUGCUUUACAGCAACCGGUCUCAAAUUUAUUUCACCUUGGAGUCUCAUGAGGCCGCACUGCAUGACGCAGAAAUCGCAUGUAAGCUUCGCCCAAUGGGCUUUAAGGCACACUUCAGAAAAGCACAGGCCUUGGCCACCUUGGGCAAGACGGAAGAAGCCCUGAGGGAGUUUCUGUAUUGUGUGUCCCUGGAUGGAAAGAACAAAAGAGCAAGAUCUGAAGCCCAGAGGCUUCUCCUUAGUUUCUUUUCACCAUCAGUCCCGGGGGAGUCUCAGGAACAUUUUCCCGAUAUCCUGAAGUUGUUGGCACCUCACCCUAGAUUAAAGGAAAACGUAGAGUCAAUGGCUACUGAAGGCACCAGUCAUAAUCUACCAAAGUUACCACAGGAAAGCCGGGAGCUCCCACACUGCUCUAGUCAGGACGAAACAGCGGCCACGGGGGACCGCGGAGGCCUGGCGGACCCUGUUAAAGUAGAGGGGGAGGGGCAAGAAGGCAACGGGGAAGGCCAGGCAGGAGCCGAGGAGGAGAAGGGGCACGCUGCCUCUGCCAAGGCUGGCAAAUGCCAAGAAAAGAAAAGGAAACAUUUUCCAGGUGGACCUCAAGACCCAGAGGUGCAUACUAAAGCCAGAAAGCCAGAUCCUCCUGUCGACCGGGGGGCCGGAGCUGCGGUCAGUGUUCCACUCCUGCCUUUUGAUGCAUCUGACCUUGAAUGCUCCCUGUGUAUGAGCAGGGCAGCUGGAGGGUCUGAGGUGGAUAAACUCCACGUCCGAGCAGAGAAAUGGGGCCCUGCCAUUGCGACUCUGCGCCUGCGAUGGGAGCCACGGUCUUUCAGAUUAUUCUACGAGCCAGUCACAAUACCUUGUGGUCAUACAUUUUGUUUAAAAUGCCUUGAAAGAUGCCUAGAUCACGAUGCAAAGUGUCCUCUGUGCAAAGAUGCUCUUUCGCAGUGCCUGGUGUCCAGAAAAUAUAGCAAAAAUGUCAUAAUGGAAGAGCUAAUAGCAAAAUUCCUGCCCGAAGAACUCAAGGAGCGGAGGCGGCUUUAUGAAGAAGAAAUGGAGGAACUGUCUAACUUGAAUAAGAACGUGCCUAUUUUCGUGUGUACUAUAGCCUAUCCCACAGUUCCUUGUCCCCUGCACAUCUUCGAGCCUUGUUACCGUCUGAUGAUUCGUAGAUGCAUUGAAACAGGUACAAGACAGUUUGGCAUGUGCCUUGGAGAUCCUGUCAAUGGGUUUGCAGAAUACGGCUGCAUCCUGGAGAUCAGAAAUGUUCAGUUCUUUGCUGAUGGCCGCUCGGUGGUGGACAGCGUGGGCCGGCGGCGCUUCAAGGUCCUCCAUCAGGGCCAUCGAGAUGGUUACAAUAUAGCAGACAUUGAAUACAUCGAAGACCAAAAGGUUCAAGAAGAGGAUCGUGCUGAGCUCAUGGGAUUACAUAACUGUGUCUAUGAGCAGGCAUCAUUGUGGUUUCAUUCGCUCAAAACCUCCCUGAAGAAUCGAAUUGUCAUUCACUUUGGUCCAAUGCCAGAGAAAGAUGCUGAUCCUCAGAUGAACCCGGAUGGUCCAGCCUGGUGCUGGUGGACAUUAGCGGUCCUUCCCCUGGAAAGCCGAGCUCAGCUCCCGUUCCUAGCGAUGAGGUCCUUGAAGGAUCGACUGAAUGGUAUUUGGCGAAUCCUGGCCUUUAUAGCCCGGCACCAAAACUAGUGACAGUGGAUUGCUGAGAAGGAGCACCCCCCCCCCCCGCCCCGCUCCCUACUGGUUUGGGGGAGCCCUCUUGUAAAUAUUUCUAACUGCAAUAACAUCUUAACAGAAGGAAGCAUCAAACAGGCCUUGUCCUGCUGAUGGCCGCAGAGAGGAAUCGUGUAGAGAGACCAGAAGCACGGGGCCUGUUUGAAACUUCCUCGCUGAAGAUGCUUCUUGACAUGCUGCACAACUACAUGCUCAGCAGAGGUGUUUAAGAGCCCAGAAAAAAAAAAAUUCAUUUGAUUUUUGACAUCCAGUUCUGAAUGUUUAAAAUGGUUUUGCUUUAAUUUUGUCUCGCACAGUCACACGUGUAGUCAAAAUGUGAAGCGCACAUUCUGAUAACGUUGCUGCGUUAUUUCACGGACUUGAGUUCUCAUUCCAGACAGUUCAGGUUUUAUAUGGCAUUGUGUAAAAGAAUGUUCGUCCUUCUUUCUGUUUUUGUAAUUUAUUUUUUGGCACUACUGUAUACUUUUUUUUUCUACCUGUUUGUAACUGUUUUAAGUGUGCGUUACUGAAAAGCCAGUUGCUUUAUUUAUUAACGUGGUUUGCCAUCCACCCAGGGGGAAGUAGCUACACUAGAAAUGUGCCGUUUUUUGCUUUAACCAUGUUCUACUGUGUUUGAUCCCAGUUCGCAAAUCAUUUUUGUGUCUAUCCCAUGGGAUGUGUAAAGGAGAUUCAGAAUCACGCUGAGAUCAUCCAUCUUCACGGGUUCCUUCUUGCUUCCAGCGUGAAUCCAAUAGUACAAAAUACAUAAGUGAUUUGUCAGACAUUAUGGAAUAAGCCAGCGUAAAGUAAAAUAACCCAUUUCCUGGGUGUCAUACAGAGCAGGGCUGAAGGAAUGAUUGAUUUCUCUUGAAUGAGAAGUUGACUCAGAGGGGCGUCUUUUGUUAGUGAUCUGUGUUAGGCAUUUAUCUCAACAGUCUAAUCACAAGCAAGUCUCUCUCGUCCCCAGUGUUAGUUAGGAAUGGCCUUUUUGGGCAGGGUGUUAUUUAACCCCUCAGAGGGAAUUGUUUCCGGUUUGGCACCUCACAGCCCCACCCAAGUAGCCUCGGCACCUGUCUUCUCCUCAGGGUUCUGAGGGUCAUGACCUGGCUAACAUGUGUGAAAACACAUGACGAAGGGCUAAUUGUCAUUGAAUGUGUAAAAAAGCCAGUAGAAAAAGUAGAACCCUUAAAAAAAACAAGAGACAGGCUGUCUUUUUGGUUUGUAAAUCUUUUUAGAGGAAACAUGUAAAUCAUUUAGAAAAAACAACCAAUCCAUGAUUUUAUCUAAACCCUGCCUUCCCUCCUAGCCGCCGUGGGCCAAAGAUUUCAAGGUAGGAGAAGAAUAGUGGUUAAGAAGGUAAGAGGGAGCCCUUGUUCAGCUUGCUCAGUGCUAGUGUGAUUCCUUUAGUGCCAGGAGACCCUGACACCUGACAGAGACUGUGCGGAUGGGGGGUGGGGGUCAUAACGACAGAGCGAGAUUAGGGCAGGCAAGAAGUGAGUCCCGCCAUUUGUACCGCCGUGUGCAUGAUGCCCCCACGUGAUCUUGGACGGACGCGGUGCAGCGCAUCCUCUUUCGAGGAGAGGUGAGUGCCUCAAGUAACCCAUCUGACUUCUUCCCACUACCCGCAGCCAGAAGCAGAGGAGAGAGAAGGAGGUGAUCCAGGCAUCAGGAAAGUGAUUCAUGUAAGCAGAAACCAGUCCUUUCUGAACUUGCUAAACGGAGGCCAUGUUGUCAGAGCAUUGUUACGAGGUUUGAUGUUCACAGCCAGACUGGGCCGGCGCAGUAGAGGCACGGUUACAGCCCAGGCAAGCUCUGCAGGGCUCAGGGAGCUGGAAAUUAAGGGCUCCGCUUCCCGCUCGGUGCCCAGCCAGCCAGGAGGUCAUAGGACUGUGGUCCUAGUGAAAUCGCUUCCCGUCAUCUAGUGUAAAUGCAGCAAAGAAAAGGUCACCAACAUCUCCACUUGGUAGAUAUUUUCCCUUGUGAUUUAACUUUUUCUGGGCCCCAGUUUCCUUGCCUAGCGAACAAGCAUCGUAUGAGGUAACCCAUGUAAAUCGCUUAGCACAGUGCCUGGCACCUAGGAGACAUCCAAAAAAUGAUGGCUGUGAUUAGAUUAUUUACAGUUACAGAACGUGCUCAGGGACCCACAUUUGCAUAAAACUCUGCCUUUACUUGCAGUACCCAUAUCUGCCCCCUUUAAACAUGGUUGGAGGCAUCCACACCACUGAUUUUCAGACCACAACCUGCUGCUUUACUGUUCAUUUCUUUUGGAGCCAAGUCUGUUUGGGAAAAUGAAACGACUAGAGAAGAGAGGAAGCUCAGCAGCAAGGGAGACUUCUGGGCCAGACUAAAUAAGUAGAGCUGUUUGGAGGUCUAGAAUUCCCGAUCUACUGGAAGCCUUACAUUCUAGCACCAGUAGAACAACCAACUCAUCACUCCUUGCUCCCCAAAAAAGUAUUAAAAAUAUUGGCCAUGCCAGGGUGAAUGGGUUUCACAGUCUGACUUCCUGGCUUGGUUCAUGGGAUUUCUUUAUGCUGCCCCAACAAAUUUAUUUUGAACCUGCUAUGUACCAGGUACUGAGCCAGGCGAUUUCACAUACGUGAGCUCAUUAAAUCACUUAUUUUGCACAUCAACCCUGUGAGAUCAGGUAUCCCUCCCAGAAUCACAGAUGAGGAGGCCGAGGCUCUGCGAUGUUAAGCACUUUGCCCAGAGAAGACACUUAACCAGCUAAUAGCAUGGCCAGGCUUGAUGCCGAACUCCUUUUGCAUAUUUUUUAACAUUUUAAACAGUUUAUGGUACACAUAAUUUUAUUAGGCAUGUCAACUGAGUCACAAAAGCGCCCCAGAGGCUUACAAUUCAGAUGGAAGUUGCAGGUGCCAUAAUCUAGGCAUAUCUCUAAUUAAUCUAGGUAGAAAGGGAAGUUUGAUUUUUUUAAAAACACAGUUCCACAUCCUAGAAUGUUCCAUGUUGACAAGCGAGCACUGAACUCCAGCAAAUGUAGAUCUGGCUGGGCAGAGUUGCACUGGGUUAUUUUAUAGCAAGCUCUGGUUUCAGCAGUGAUGGGAGGCAUGAUGCAAGGCUAAGUCUUGGCUUUCUUUGGGACCUACUUGAAUGGGACAGUCCGUUGAAUGUGACCAUUUUCACCACUUAUCAAUUGAUUUUGCUGCAAAGCUUGAGUUUGAAGAGUAUGCAGAGAAAAGACAUAAAGCUACAUCUAGGCCAGAUGUACAAGACUUCCCCCUUGGUAGAUCAUGCCAUUUAUUUGGUUAAUUUUUCUAUCAUGACCUAGAUUUUUUUUCUCUGUGUAUGUAUAUGUGUAUAUAUAUGUAUAUAUAUAUAUGUGUGUGUGUGUGUGUGUGUGUGUGUAGAUAUAUAGAUAUAUAUCUAUAUAGAUAUAUAUUAGGUACCAGGCAGAUACUAUGCCUUUCUGCUUUGUACUGUACUACUGCUGCUAGCUAAUAACCAGCAAAAUGUAGAAAAUGACAAAUGAUAGAAACUAAUUUUCUGUAGACAACCUGGAGAAAAGAGUGUUUGCCCCUGACUUCGUGGGGCAGAGAACUAUUUCAAGAACUUGCCUUUUCUGAAAACCAACUACAUCUAGCCCCAUGGGGCCAGUCAAGUCACUGCACGUGUGGCCCUUCCUGCAUGGCCCUUCCCACUCUGCCCGUGGGGCUGGCUUGGGCUCAGAUAAUCCCCUGUGACUGGCCUUUGGGAGUAGUGGAGCUCCCAAGGCUGGUUCACAGCACCCAGAGGUCUCGUACUGUCAACAGCCUGCAUACUGUUGAUGGACUAGAAUCCAUUGGGAACAGUGUGCCCCCUGCCAACUCCAUUUCCACGAUAGGAGUUUUAUUCGGGAACUCAUUCCUUGAGUUCCCAACAUGUUGACUUUGCAUCCAUUUCCGUUUAUUGAGGCAGAAUCAUAGCAGAGGGGGUAGGAUAAGGAUGCAAAUGGAAGGUGGCCCCCAUAGUAGGAAAGAAUAGAUUUUUCAGCCCAUCUGGGGCUUGAGAAAUGAGGUUGAUUUAUGAUUGAAAACAGUUCUGAAAGGUAGCCAGCUGCACAGGCUACAGGCUACGUCUUGUGGCCCUUCCUUCCUGCAGAGAGAAAGAAGGAAAUGGAGUCAUGUAAAAUGUAUACAUUUAGUUCCUCUUAGAACGAUAACUCCCACUGUUCAACUGUGUAAUAAUCUGGGUGGUGCACCUCCAGAGGUGAAAUAAAGAUGUUUUCACUUACAAAUAGGUAUUGUCCAACACGCUAAGUUCACCGUGAGAGAGAAGUGCCUGUAAUGUCUGUACCUGUGUCAUUUUAAAGCUUUUGCUUCAUGACUUUGUAGCCGUUUGAAAAUGUGUCGCAGCAAAUGUGAUUAACAGAACUUUACAAAGCCACAUGGUAGCUUAGGCGUCAUGUUAAAAGUUGCCUAAUGUUUAGCUAAUGUCAAAGCAACAACAAUACACAACCACAAAAUAAAAGAGCAAAUAGGUCAAUGUGGCAUCAUAGGCUUAUCUGAGAUAAACUAGUUCCAUCAUUUUACGCAGUCCUCAGUAAUGCUGGGAUUAAAAUAUCAAGCAAGCCAUUCAAACAGUGGCAAAUGUGUCUGUGUGUUUGUCUUUCCAGUUGUGUGUCAAGCAGCCAUUGUACUUUUAACACUGUAACAAACUGAAAGGGGAAUUAAGAGAACGCUUUUUUCCCCCCAUAUUGCUGUUCAACUACCUCUAUAUGCUUGGUUUCUCUGUAGGGUUUUCUUUCCCCCAAAUCUGCAAAAACAAAGUGUCUGCUCCUCCGUGCUGUCAUGACAUUGGGAUAUAGACCAUCGCUGUGAAAGCCAUUCGUCCAUUAAGAAUGCUUCCCCAUUGUCUCAUUUUGCAUCUAACAAAAUUCUGCCCGUAACCUUAGGGCAAGAAUUACCCAAAUAGGUAUCAUUUUUUUGGAAGCUGAGUAGAAAGGAAAGCUCUCAGACCAUUUACUUUGUUCCUGUUGCCGUUGCUUGUUAUGCAUUUGACCAGAAGGUCUCUCAAGGAAGACCUUGCGCUUAGACAGCAAGCUCAUAUGUACUUGACAGUGGAGGCUGAUAUGAGUUAAUUAAUGUGACCGAUGUGUUCGGAAAACCCUGCCAUAUUGUUUUUAAAAAUGUACCAGAGAAUCCUGUUACUUAAAGAAUUUCAUUGAAGCACCUUGCCAAUAACCCACCCCUAGUUUAUUUGUUAAGUCCAUUCACGUAUUGGGUUUGCUUAAAGCGGAAUGCACUACCUGCUGUGUUUUCUUUGGCAUUAUAAAACAUUUGUGAAAGUGA